GACGUCAGUAACCGGCGACAGCCGCUUGUGAUGCCAUCAGGCCGCGCCGUGGGGGUUUCUCUCCCGGUUCCCGGUGGUUGGCAGUUAUUCGGGUUCCCGGCUCUGGGCGCGUUUCGCUGCCGGCAAGACCAUGAGUUCGGGUUACCGGAGGGACUGGAGGGGCGGCAGCGGAGGAGGAGGGUCGUCCUCGGCAGGAUGGGAAAACUCGGCGGGCGGCAGAGGCCGGGGCCGGCAUCCCGCGCACCUGAAAGGCAAAGACAUCGGCCUGUGGUACGCCAAGCGGCAGGGCCAGAAGAGCAAGGAGCAGGAGCGGAGUGAGAGGGCAGUUGUGCAGAUGGAUGAAGCAAGAGAAGAGCACAUCACCCGACUGCUGAAUUCUGUCCAGACACGGAGUGAUUACAAAGACCAGCGUGCCUCACUGUCAGCCGACUCUAGCAAGAACUGGAGAAGUGCAUGCCCCUCCUCAUCAACCAACAAGGAAACUAAACCAGAGACCAGUGCUGACCUAGAGUAUCUCUUCGAAACCAUUACUCAGGAUGUGUUUUUGGAUGAGGAGCUAAAGGAAGAACUUAUGAAGAAGACAUCUAGCUUGAGAUAUCUUGAUAUGAAGAGAUUUCGGGAGAAACUUCCUUCUUAUGGUAUGAAGAAAGAGGUUGUGGACUUGAUCAAUGAAAAUCAGGUGCUUGUCAUAAGCGGAGAAACAGGUUGUGGGAAGACCACGCAAGUGACCCAGUUCAUUCUGGAUGACUACAUUGAGAGAGGCAAGGGCUCUCUGUGCAGGGUUGUGUGUACUCAGCCUCGACGAAUCAGCGCAAUCUCGAUAGCUGAGAGGGUCGCAGCAGAAAGAGCUGAAGCCUGCGGUGAUGGGAACAGUACUGGUUACCAGAUCAGGUUACAGAGCCGCCUGCCACGGAAACAGGGUUCCAUCUUAUACUGCACUACUGGAAUCAUUCUCCAGUGGCUUCAGUCAGACUCUCUUCUGUCUACUGUCAGUCACCUUGUUUUGGAUGAAGUUCAUGAGAGAAGUUUGCAGUCAGAUGUCCUGAUGACAAUUGUGAAGGACAUUCUGCCUUUCAGGCCAGAUCUGAAGGUGAUAUUGAUGAGUGCAACUCUAAAUGCCAACAAGUUUUCAGAAUAUUUUGACAGCUGUCCCAUGUUGCAUAUUCCAGGAUUCACAUAUCCAGUAAAGGAAUACAUCUUGGAAGAUGUCAUUGAGUUGCUCCAGUAUCGUCCACAAACUCAAGAAAUUCGGAGACCGUCCUCCAAGAGGAGAUUCAUGCAAGGUUGCAUGUUUCGACCAGAGAAAGAGCGAGUGGAGGAAGAAUACCAGCAGCAAUGGCCAGAAUAUAUGAGAGAGUUGCAAGGAAGGUAUUCUGACAGUACGAUUGAAGCCUUGGAAAUUCUGCAUGACGAUGACAAAAUAGACCUCAAUCUGAUAGUAGCUCUCAUAAAACACAUUGUUCUUCAUGGAGAGUUGCUAUUGUGUGUGGGAUCCUCUCACGGCAGUUAUGAGGUCUUGAAAAUGUUGGAGAAUUGUUUGCAAAAUAACCUUUUGCUUAUUGUGUCACUGCAGAUGCUUCAUAACAUGAAAGGUCAAUUUGCUGAACACCUGCUAGUGGCUGGCUUUGUCAGCAGCAAAAAUCCCCGAGAUCCCAAGGCAAACAUAAAUUCAGACAACGAGAAGCUAAUUAAAGCUGUGGUUUGUGCGGGCUUGUAUCCGAAAGUGGCAAAAAUACGACCAAGUUUCAGCAAGAAGAGAAAAAUGGCUAAGGUCUUUACCAAGUCAGAUGGAAGAGUCAACAUUCACCCAAAGUCUGUCAAUGCUGAAGAAGGUGAAUUUGAGCACAACUGGCUGAUCUAUCAUUUGAAGAUGCGGACAACCAGCAUCUACCUGUAUGAUUGCACAGAGGUCUCACCAUACUCCUUGCUGUUCUUUGGAGGAGACAUCUCUAUACAGAAGGAACAGAGCCAGGAGACCAUCUCUGUGGAUGAAUGGAUUGUGUUUCAGUCACCGUCCAGAAUUGCUCAUUUAGUAAAGGAUCUAAAACGGGAGCUCGAUGCUCUUCUGCAAGACAAGAUUAAGAAGCCACAACCUGUGGAUUGGAAUAAUCGAUCGAAAGACUGUGCUGUCUUGUCAGCAAUCAUAGACUUGAUAACCACACAAGACAACGCUAACGCAAAGAACUACACUCCCCGAUUCCAGAGCUGCUGAAGCUGCAGUACCUGCAGUUGAUUCUCCGGAGGGGUUCACACUGAGCCUAAAAUGCUUUUAUCGUAGCUCACCAGUACAAAGUUGUUUUGUGUCAUUAAUGUUUUUUGGCUAAUGGAGCAGAGGUUUCGGAGGAUAUGCCCAAGAAUCUCAUUGGUCAAGCAGCAUUGGCCUAUGCACAUUGAAUAAAAUGCCUGGUGUUUUAAAAAGUGUAACUACGUUCUGCUAUCAAGUGUAAAUCCUACUGAGAAGGGGGGUCAGUGACAGAUUACUGACAUGUCACACCUUGAUGAUCUGAAGCAACUCCACGAGAUAGCUUCAUUCUUCAUUUGUCAUUUUCCUAAGUUAAUAAAAUUUGUUUUCCAAUUUUAUCUUGGAAUGGAGAGCACGCCCAUCCCAGAACAAAUCAGAGGAUGAACUUUUGUGAAUACUGAAAUUAAGGAUAAGUAAGUCAGAGUAAAAACAGAAAAUAUACAGCAAAUUUAAGUGUUGAGGGUAAUAUUUGAUAUAGGCACUUAAUCACAACCCUUACGUGAAAUUAACCUUUCUUUUCUUACAGAUUUUGCAUGUGCUGUUUACAUACAGCAUGUGCAUUCCUUUUCAUAUUCUGACAUGAUUACAAUCUAUCAGUUUUAUAAUUGGAGAUAUUUCCUCUAAAACUUUUUUUUAACAUUAUUCAAAAAUAAUAGAAGGGAUGGCUUCAUGCUACCUGUGCAUUUAACACUGAUCUGGGGUGAGAUAGCAUAGUUCUGCAUUGUUUUAUUUUUGUAUUCAAUUUAGCCAUUAUUGUAAAAACUAAAUGACAGAAAGCACUGAUGGUUUGGAAAAAUGGAUGAACAGAUGUCGAUUGCACCCAAAAAUCCAAAAGACAAGUUAGAUCAUCUAUUUGAAAGACUGUUGAGUUAUCCUAAGCUACCUUCGUUAAAUCACCCAGAGGCUCCUCUCUCUAGCAUCUCCACUUUAAAGUUGCCAUUAACAGAAACUGAGGUAAUUUUAAUGCUCUUGAAUCACAAGGAAUCCAGUGGAAUGUCAGUCUUGUGCCCAGGCCCACCCUCCUGAAUAAAGGGAUCACCACUCCUAAUGUUGCUGUUCUUUUGGUUCAGGUGGGUGUGAAACUGGGUACGCUGUGUAAAACCAGCCUGAUGCUGUCAGCUCCACUGUGGCUGGUUUAGGUUUAACCAACCCCCACCAUGGUCCAAAUACUUGAGUUCAGUGAGAUCUAUUUUUGAUUAUGUGCCUAAAGAUAGGAACAGGACUAUUUAGGCCCUUGAGCCUGUUCUACCAUUCUGCAAGAUCAUGGCUGAUUUUGACACAUGUCCAUGUCCAUUUUUGGAUUCUGUAAAACAAAAUCAUUCUCAUUUAAAAUUGACAAAUGAUUUAACUUUUGACAUCUGUAGAGUUGAAGUGUUUCCCAAUUUUACUCCUGGUCCUAAUCUUUAGACUGUUACCUUUUGCUGGAUUCUCCAGUCAGUGAAAAACAGUUUCUCUCUGUCUCGAUUUUAUCAGUUUCCCUUAAUUUCUUAGAACCUUUGAAAUUUCCCCUGGACCAUUGAAAUUCCAAGGGAUACAACCCUAAUUUCUGCAAUCUCUCCUCAUAAUUUUAUCCUUUUCAAGUUUAAAGGAUUAAUUUUUUGUUUAGUUCCGGUUGGAUUUAGCCGUUUUCAAAGUGCUAGGUUUUACCUUGGGGGUGACCUGUCUUGCCUGUAGAUGGGUCGUAACUUGCCUUGGUUGAGGGUGUACUAAGUACUUGAGAUCAUUGUAACCUUAACAGCCCUCAUUUCAGAGCUCUAGCAUUGCCAGAGAUCAUCGCUGAAGCCACAGAUCCAGUAGCCUCCAUCGAGUGCCAUAAUGUGUGGGAUUUGGCCCCACAAUAUAACAGUUUGAUCAUGGUUCCCUGCUGUUAGUGAUGCUUUUUAACCACCAAUGUAUAUCUUGGACUGUGAGUAAAUGCUAUGUGAGAUUCUUCCUCAAUAAAUUCCCAAACUCCUGCACAAGACACCAGUGCACAAUAAAGGCUGGCUGUGCAGUAUUUUUGUGGGGGUGGAUCAUCAUCAGAGAUUAGGUGCUAAUCUGCCUAUGGUUUUAACAACAUUAAAAUACUGCAGAUGCUGGAAAUGUAAAUCAAAAACAAUGUACUGGAAAAAACCCAGCAGGAUUGUCAGCAUCUGUGGAGAGAGAAACAUAGAGUUAAUAUUUGAUAUGACUUCUUCAGAAUAGCUGCAGAGAAGAGUCAUAUCGGACUCAAGGCUAACUCUGUUUCUGUCUCCAUGGAUGCUGCCAGACCUGCUGAGUUUCUUCAUUCUCUGGUUUCAUUCCUAUGGUUCAGGUGGAUGUUUGAGAUCCCACUAUUCAAAAAAUAUUAGGGUUUCCCAGUAUCCUGGUCAAUAUCUGCACCUGAACUAAUGUUGCCAGAAGCAGAUUUAACUGGUUGCUCAACUCAUUGUCACUUAUGUGAUCUUGGUGUCCACAAAAUAGCUGAUGAGCAUAUGCUAAGUAAGUGAUUUGCUCGCAUAAUGCAUGUAGCAAAACAAGUCUCCAAAUGCUUCUGAGAGAAAUGGCAUUACAGAAAAACAAGUCUUACAUUUGGUUGACUUCUAUGGAUUUGUUAUAUCUUGAUGCACUGAAUGUGCUUGCCUGAAUCUUGUGCAGAGAUUUAUAUUGCCUUUACGUUUCAGCCAGUCAGGGCCUAACUGGGGAUAGAUCCCAACCACCAAUGCUGUCAUUUCUGAUGCACUGAUGACAGAUCACUGCUUCAAGUCAGCUACCUGACAAGUAGUCUAUACAGUGACAUACAGUAAGGACUGUUGACUCACAGCUCUGAUAUCAGGCAACGGGCAGAUCAUUAAUGGCUUUGGUCUCAUUCCCCAAUUUAUCAUGAAAUGUUGGCCAAUCAUUGUUUUCCGAAAAUACAUGUGUAACUCCAAGUGGCUUUUGACCACAUAUUCCAAAAAAAGACACAACUUUGGGCUUCUCCCCUUCAGUCUUUUGGUAAACUUAAUGGCCGAGUAGGAAGCUCACCUUUCAAAGAAGCAAGGUUUAGUUUGAUCCUUGAGGUUUCCAUGAGAAUUCUGAUUUCUGGAUAUUUAGUACACAUCAGUAACUCUGCCCUUUGUACUGGUUCAGCUGGUGUAUCAACACUUGUACUAGUAGAUCAAUAAUGUACUGCCAACAAAAUAAUUGAAUUUCCCAAGCCCCUCUCUUUUAAGGAAAUGCCAGAUAUUAGGUCAAAAGACAAAAGAACAGCAAGUGCAAUGUCGUCUUGUUUGUAUAUAUUUAAGGCCCCCAAAAGAAAUUAAGAGCAAAACUAAUAUUGAGGGUGAUUAUUAAGCAAAAAAAAGGGUCCUUACAUUAAAGGCAAAUCUACUCCUUUACCUGUGCUAAUGAAAUGUUAAGACCAAUGAGGUUACAGUCUGCUACGCAGUGUUGUGUUUGGGUGCUGUCAGAAUGCCCAGUGCCCUCUGUCAUGUUGUAGUCAUAAUCAUUCCUGGUAAGUGAAUAAGAUACAAAAUGCUUUUUGUUUCAGAUGCUGUUCUCUAGACUGUAUUUAUUUGUGACCGUUAUUAUGAUGUAAUGGCUGUUCUUUUUACAUAGUCCAAGCAUUUGUAUUGUUUUCCCCAUUAAAGUCCUUACCAUAUACCUAAA